AAUAGUUGAAACAUCCGAUCUCUCGAACCGUCCGGACGCUGGAAUCUCCCGUUAGAAAAUUUUCCACUUUCUUCCCCAAUCUCAUCCCGUCUGACCGCCUCCCUCCCUGCCCAAUCUCUUCUUCCUCCCUCACCCCCCGAGCCACUCCUCCCUCUCGCGCCUGCAGCCGCCGCAUCCUCCCGCCCUCGCCGCCGAGGCCGCCGCGAAGUGGGCUGUGAGAUUUGGUUCUGGGGUUGGAGCGGAGGCGACGACUUCGGCUCCCGGCCUUCUCAACCACCGCGCCGCCCCUCGCGCUCGCUGCUCUGCCACCCCGCUGCUUCCCGGUGGCCGGAUCCGGAGUCGGAGGCUAUCCAGGACCCUCCUCCUUCACCGUCCUCCCGGCGGCGGCACCCCUUCUACGGCCGCAGCGAGGCAACGGGUUGGGGGCAGGAGAAAGGGCUACUUCCGAUGCUCUUAAGAGUUAUAGAAGAAAAGAAAUGAUCUGAUUAUGCUCAGCCUAAGCUUCACUUACCACAACAUUUCAGCCACUUUGCCAAAAGAGACUUCGUUAUCGGUAUUCAUACUUCCAAAACAUCUGUUCAGCAUCUAUAAACUGUGGAUAGUCAGGAAUCCCUAUAAGUAUUCUGCUGCCAUCAAUUUAAGUGAGAAAUUCUAUCUUCAAGCACUCAACUACUCCUGAUCGUCCAUGGCACAAUCAUCCACCGAAAAAAUGCCGUCAGUUUAUCUUUACAUCCCUAAUAUCAUUGGGUACUUCAGGAUCAUCAUAAAUUUCAUUGCAUUUGCUGUUUGCUAUUCCAACAAGGCGCUCUUUGCUAUCCUGUACUUCUUCAGCUUUGUCCUUGAUGGCGUGGAUGGUUGGUUUGCACGGAAGUUUAAUCAAGCAUCAACAUUUGGAGCUGUGUUGGACAUGGUUACAGAUAGGGUUAGCACUGCUUGUUUGUUGGCCCUUCUCUCACAGUUUUACAGACCUGGCUUAAUUUUCUUGAUACUACUUGGGUUGGAUAUUACAAGCCACUGGUUUCAAAUGUACAGUUCUUUCUUAUCAGGAAAGACUAGCCACAAGGAUGUAAAGCACACAGGCAAUUGGCUUCUGAAAUUAUAUUACGGGUAUAGGCCAUUCAUGGCCUUCUGUUGUGUUUCUUGUGAGGUUCUAUAUAUUAUCCUCUUUCUCUUUGCCAAUGAGAAGUCGACAAGCUUGCUUAGUGUAUGCAGAGGUGUCCUGAAGCAAAGUCCCCUCAUUGUCUUGGUGUUUAUUUCAACUCUAGUUGGCUGGGCAGUGAAACAAGUUACCAAUAUCAUCCAGAUGAAAACAGCUGCAGACGCGUGCGUUGUGUUUGAUCUGAAGCGCGGCAAGUGAAGCAGGAAGGCACCGGUUUCAUUCAGUUUUGUGUUGACAUAUCCAAGGAAGCACUCCGUGAGGCUUGUACACCAAGGUUCAUACAUACAGUGGCUACAUCUUAUGUACCUCAAUAUCUUUCUGAUGGCGCUGAUCUGUGGGACGAGACAACAUGCUGUGGGAAGAACAGCAUAAAGAAAACAGGAGAUGAAUGUUUUGACAAAACAGAGGUUGUCAGGUUGUUUGUCAGUGUGUUCCGUUAGGUUGUCAGGUUGUUUGUCAGUGUGUUCCGUUAUACAAUGAUGUGUUUGUCAUCUAGAGUAGCUUUGACAACGGACUUUGGCACAUCUGGCAUAGUCAUUUGCAUAACUAUUUAUUCAGAAUUUUUUAUCUAACUUGGAGAAUAUAAAUAACUAAAAGGAAGUCUUAUAUGGAA